GAAUUGAAAACUCAAUUGGUGGAUUGGAUUGAAGCCGUUGUCGGUGAGAAGUUGAACAAAAAUGAACCUUUUGAAAAAGUCCUGAAGGAUGGAAUUACUCUUUGCAAAUUGAUGAACAAAAUUGUUCCCGGCGGCAUCAAGAAAAUUGUCAUGAAGGGAGGAAACUUCACUUGGAUGGAGAAUUUGCAGGCGGUUCAGAAAAGUAUGCGGACGUACGGGGUGCCUGAAGAUGAACUCUUCCAACCUAUCGACCUCUGCGAGGCUAGGAAUGUGAAGGCCGUUGUCAAAAGCUUGGCUGCUCUGGCGAGAUUGGUAUAA